AUGCACUUCCCAAGUCUUGCCGCCAUCCUCGCUCUCGCAGCCACAGCCGCAGACGCCGCAAAGAUCAACCUCGAAAUCGGCUACUUCUCAACCAUCGUGCCACCCAUCGGCGGCAACAUCCCCGGCAUUGGCUGCGGUCCGUGGGCCCUCGCCACAGGCGCCGACGGCUCUACCAAGAGCCCAACCGGCAUGAAGGGCGGAGACGAGUGCCCCAACUCGGAGCUCAGGAACUUCUGCCAGCGGUUCGGAUGUCCUCAGACGCUGAGAUUCGGCGACACGCUUGCUUUCCAGAUUCAGUCUGGUAGCGGACAGAGUCUUACGGUCAGAGGGAGUGUUCUCAAUGGAAAGUCACAGACUGUGACUUGUGGACGAUCUACCCUGACACACUCUGGGAACAAGUACCGUACAAAUAUCUGUUACUUUGAUCUUUGA